AACAGUUUCAAUCAAUAACAUGUUCCUGACCCCCACAGAUUGAACACACUUCUGACAUUUUCAGUCUGGAUCCUGACAUCAUGGCGACUGUUCUGAUUCUGUUGGUUUUAAUGAAUUUGGACCUGCUAAUGAAGAUGGGCCUCUGCUCAGAAACACGGGACCAGGUUUUAUUAAUCAUCCCGGACACUCAAGAACAUGUGGACAUUUUGAAGAACAUCUCGACCCAAUACGAGACAGCCUUAUGGCAGCCGGCUUCACCUCACCACAUCCAAGAAGAAACCCAAGUCCAUCUUUACGUUCCUGCAAACAGCUCUGAGUCGGUCAAGACCCUGCUUCAGACGCACACCAUAACCCACGAGGUUUUGUUGGCCAAUGCCAAUGAGCUGAUUGAAAUGCAGAUGAGGAAUGACUCCACCGACCCAAGAAGCAGCUCCACGUUCUACCAGAAGUAUCACCGUCUGGAGGAUAUCUAUGAGUGGAUAAACAGGACCACACAUGACAACCCCAGCACAGUUAAAGCCAUUCUCAUUGGCUCUUCCUUUGAGAAGCAACCGCUGUUGGCUCUGAAGCUGUCCAUGAAUGACAGACCAGACAAGAAAGCUAUGUGGAUGGAUUGUGGGAUCCACGCCAGAGAGUGGAUCUCGCCUGCUUUCUGUUUGUCGUUCGUCCAACACUCGUUGUCGUUUUACAAGCAAAACCAAGAGAUCACACACAUUCUGGACAACAUGGACAUCUACGUCCUGCCUGUCAUGAACCCUGAUGGGUACAAACACACCUGGACAGAGAACAGGAUGUGGAGGAAGAAUCGCUCCCACACGAAGAACACUAACUGCAUCGGAGUCGACCUGAACAGAAACUUUGAUGCCAACUGGUGCAUGGAGGGAGCUUCUCGUGACCCCUGCUCUGAGACCUACUGUGGUCGGUUCCCUGAGUCUGAGCCCGAGUCGAAGGCUGUGGCUGACUUUCUGCGUCUUCACAAGGACUCGAUUCACCUCUACAUCAGCAUCCACUCCUACUCCCAGAUGCUGCUUUUCCCAUAUUCCUACACCCUGGAAGAAGCACCGAAUCACAGUGAUCUGCUUGAGAUGGCCAAAGGAGCUGCAGACAACAUCAAAAGAUAUCACAGAAACCACUACGUGUAUGGUGCUGGAGCAAAGACCAUAUAUUUGGCUCCAGGUGGUUCUGACGACUGGGCAUACAACCUCGGUAUCAAAUACUCUUUCACGUUUGAGCUCCAGGACCGCGGUCGCUACGGCUUCUUGUUGCCUCCAUCUCAUAUCCACAGCGCCUGCAGUGAGGCUCUAACGGCGGUGAAAACUGUCGCUCUGAUGGUCAUCAAUAAAGCACAAGCUGAAAGGAGUUCCCCUCAAACUGACUGAGAGUUCAACCUUCCCAGGAGAUGUCUAAAUAAGGCUUUGAUUCAUCAGAUCACAAAAAACGAUGUUUUAGAAGUUAUUAAAGAUAUUUUUACAUGAAGAGGUCAAUUUUCAGGUAUACUUUAUCCACUAUGAAUAUAAAUAUGGGUUAAAAUAAAUCAGCAUUAUUAUUAAUCAGUUCAUGUCAUUAAAAACAACUGGACAAAAUGUGAAAUUGACUAAAACAAAGUGAGAGUAUCUUAUUCCCAAAAAACUAUUAAUCAUGCAGUAAAAGCUGUCAAAUAUCGAAAGUGUUCACUCUGAAUAAAAACCUGAAAUAUU